AUGGCGAUCCAAUUCAUAUUAGUACUUAAUAGACAAGGCAAGUCUCGGUUGGUGAAAUGGUUCAACAACGGCAUCUACACUGCGUCGCAAAAGCAACAGCAUAUAACUGAUAUACAUCGGCUUAUACUGCUGAGGGAUUCUUCUAAGCAAUCCUCGAAUUUUGUGCUAUACCAGAAUACAAUGAAACUCUGUUAUAGACGCUAUGCUGGUUUGUACUUCAUAAUACUGAUUGACUUGGAUGAUUCGGAGCUUUCGUAUUUGGAGAGUCUACACUUUUUCGUUGAGAUAUUGGAUGUUUACUUUGAUAGCGUUUGCGAAGUGGACUUGGUGUUUAAUUUUUACAAAUUAUAUUACAUACUAGAUGAGAUAUAUCUUGGUGGUGAGUUGCAGGAUAUAUCAAAGGAUAAAAUAUUGAGCAGGCUACAGUAUUUGGAUACACUAGAUCGAGAUUAA